CCGGGCAAGGCCUAUCAAGCUGGAUCAUUGGGGUGACUGACAUAUGUUUGUUAUCAGUCUCGUGCUUGAUAUAGUCUCGGACAGUGGGGCGUUCCGAUGAUACAGACAAAACAAUAUCCCGUGCUUACCUCUUAUCCACCAUAUUAGGACACCCUACUAUACAUAGCCAUAAUUCAUGACGCGUAUGACGGUUUCAGAGGGAGAUACAGAUACUUUUUGCAAUGUGUAUGGCAGUCGUUAUGCGGUCGUGAUGUAGUGUCGUAAAAGGAUUCUCUUUUAUAUGGUGAGAUCCUUGGGGAGGACAUUCCGUUCUUCCGCCAUGGAUUUACACUCUGCUUCUAUCUUUCUUCUCUCCGUUGUCGCUCUCGAUCUUGCGAGACGUCUUCUUGCCAAAUGUGUGUCGGAAAAGUCUACUCUACCCUACCCUCCUGGCCCAAAGCCCAUUCCAUUCGUCGGAAACAUCUUUGGGAUCAAUGCAGCUGCACCUUGGGUCACUUACCAGGAGUGGGGCAGAAAAUACGGCGAUAUCGUAUAUUCUCGCCUUCUCAACCAAAGCAUUAUCAUUCUUAACUCAGAAAAGAGUGCAAAAGCGCUUCUAGACCAGCGAUCGUAUAAUUAUUCCGACAGGCCAUACAUGGCUACCACUGACUUCAUAGGAUGGACCUUCAAUUCAGUAAUGAUCCGCUAUAGUAACAGGUGGCGGGUGCAUAGACGGAUCUUCCACCAAGCUUUCCGACCCGAUGCAGCCAUCAACUAUCGCCCGAUACAAAUGUCCAAAGUUCACCAGUUAUUACAAAACUUACUGGAAUCACCUGGCGAUUACGACCGCCACCUACAAACGCUAUCUGCAUCCAUCAUUAUGGCUCUUGCUUACGGCUAUCAGUCUGCGCCCCGUAAUGAUCCUCUUGUGGAAGUAGUGGAAACUGCCCUCAGUUUAGCUAUCAGUGAAUUGACGUCAGAAAAAGCUGCCCUUCUCGGCGCAUUUCCAAUCCUCAAGCAGAUUCCGCCUUGGUUCCCUGGAGCUGGCUUCAAGCGAAAUGCCCUCAAAUGCCGGAAAUCGUUUGCGGAGAUUCUCGAAACGCCCUAUCGGUUUACAAAGAAGAGCAUGGCUUCUGGCACAGCCACACCAUCCAUGGUUUUUGACCUUCUGAAUAGGAUGAAGGAUAAUCCUGAUCCUUCACUCGAGCAGGCACUGAAGGAGGCGUCUGCUACUGCAUUCAUAGCCGCGGCAGAAACAUCAUUUUCAGUUCUCACCAUCUUUUUGCUCGCAAUGGUUUUGCAUCCGAGUGUCCAGGAACGCGCUCAAGCGGAGAUAGAUUCGGUCGUGAGUGAGGGGAGACUUCCUGACUUUGAUGAUAGAAGCUCUAUGCCCUACGUCGAAGCAGUCCUUCGCGAAACCUUGAGAUGGUAUCCUGCCGUACCCUUAGGUGUUCCUCAUGCUGCUACAAAGAGCGAUGAGUAUGAGGGAUAUUUUAUACCUGAAGGAGCCACAGUGGCAGUCAACAUAUGGGCCAUUGCACGUGACGAGAACACUUAUCCCGAACCAUCUCUAUUCAAGCCUGAGCGGUUCCUCACAGCAGAUGGGAAGCUUACAGAUGAUACUGCUGGCUACGCGUUUGGAUUUGGAAGGCGAAUCUGCGUAGGUCGAUAUGUCGCUGAUGCAUCACUCUGGGCAACUAUGGUCUCGAUGUUGGCGCUCUUCAAACUUUCCAAGGCGAAAGACGAAUAUGGAAACGAGAUUGAUUUCAAGCCAGAAUGGACAACUGGAGUCACUAUCCAUCCAGUGAAAUUCCCUUGUUGCAUCCAGCCGAGAGUUGCUGGAAUGAACACAGAGAAACUGGCUCAGAUGAUCCCUCUAUAAUCAACUCCCGUCGUAUAUCGACUUAAUCGGAUGUUUCAUUGAUUUUCGAGAUGGUUUCUGGCGUGAAAAUAGAUGAGAAGACUGGUGGUAACGAGAAUGACGAUGAGAAAAGAUGUCAGGUAAGAGACAUCGGCUUUGAUAAUACAAAAGAGGGACAAUAGGCCAAUAAGCCGAGUAAAUUGGGGGAUAUGGUACAGCAAGAUAAUAUGUACAAGCACCACUUAUGAUCGAUGCACCCUCGGG